GACUCCACUUGAAGGCAGGCGAGACAGUUUCAUCAUCUGAAUCACUGCUGCCAACACAAACAAAGACAUGGUGUCAGUCAAAGCUGUGGUGAUGGUGCUAGCACUCCUUACUGUGUGUCUGACAGCAAACACAUCUGCCGCUUAUCGUUACUGCUGCCGAAGGUAUAUGAUAGGCAGAUUACGAGAGUCUGAUAUCAAGGGGUACUCAGUCCAGACUGUCAAGGAGAUGUGUCCCAUUGAUGCCAUCAUUUUCCACACAAAGAAGGGGAAAGCAUGCACCAAUCCCGCUUUGAAAUGGGUGAUGGAUGCUGUUGAUCAUUUAAGGACUAAAGCCCAGAAGGUCCAUCAGCACAGCUCACAGCAGCAGUAAUAGAUGAUCAUCUGAGCUUUUUAAGGGGAUGGCAACGACAGCAACCAAACCUUUUUCUAUGUGAGCUUUGCAACCAGCAACCAGCAACGCUUCAGUGUGUUAAAAUCCAGUAAAUAACAAAUAUGUUUUUAAGCAGUGCAGUAUCAGCUCAGUUUUAAGAGCUUGUAAACUAUUUUUAUUUUUUAUUCUUUGUAAAUGUAAGAUUUUGUUUUUGUGCAUGUAUAAAUUUGUGUUAAACAAAUGUAAUUUGUUCCAUUAAUGGUUUUGUGGGUUAUAAACAUGCAAAUAAAAUGAGUACGUA